AUGUUAAAAAAUGACCAAUUUGAAUCACCCAGCCCCACUUACAAACCAACCUUAGAAGAAAUAACUUUCGACAAUAUCCAAUUCUCAACAUUUGAUUUAAGCGGCUAUUCUCAGGCACGAAGGUUAUGGAAAGAUUAUAUUCCAGAAGUAAACGGACUUGUUUUCUUAGUGGAUGCCACGGACCGAAAACGUUUCUCAGAAUGCAAAACAGAACUUGACGCACUUUUCGCUAGUCCUGGACUCAUCAAUGGUCCAUUACUAAUUCUAGGAAAUAAAAUAGAUGAUCUACAUGCAGCCUCAGAAGAUGAACUUAAAUAUGCACUUGGAUUGGACCAAGUUACAACAGGCAAAGGUCUUGUAAAACUUGACCAGGGGUGUUUCCCAGUGGAGCUUUACAUGUCAUCAGUUUUGAAGCGCCAAGGAUACAUUGAAGGAUUUGAAUGGCUUAGCCAAUAUAUUUAA